UAUAAUUUAACAGCAGGUUCAUGUAGAUGUGUGUAUAUCUAUCAACACUAGUAGUCAUAAUAGUUCCACAUGGUUAAUCGAGGGAUUCAACCGUUCAAGGAGAUACAUGGACGCCUCUUACAACAGGAACAACAAUACUGGGAGAACUAUAAAUGUGCAUAAGUGAAAAACGCGACCAAAAGUCAUCACCCGGGGCGAUAUUGUUUAUACACGGCACCACGAAGUCAAGACUUUAGAAAACUGAUUAUUUGCUGGGCCGGAGAACUUCCGCGUUCACUUCACCAAACGGUAAUAACUGGAUAACAACUAAAGAUACCGGAACAUCAGCAACGAGCUGUGAUUUAUCAAACGAAAAUCUGUGCGUAGGAUGGGAAACAGCGCAAGUAAAGACUUGUUAAGAGCAUGCAAGUGUGGUGAUACUUUUGAUAUUCAUCUGUUUCUAAAACGAGGGGCCAAUGUUGAGUAUAGAGAUUCCUAUGGCAAUACUCCACUAUUAACAGCCAUCACGAAUAACCAUGCAAAUCAUGUAGAGGUGUUACUCAACAAUAGAUAUUCCUGUGCCAACCCAGAUCACACUGACACGACUGGGAACACACCUUUAAUGGUGGCGGCAAAUAAGUUAGAAAUUGUCCGAUUGCUGAUAAACAGUGGGUGUCAAUUAAAUAAGACGAAUCGAUUUAAGGAUUCUGCACUACACCUGGCUGUCCGAAUUGAAAAUGCUGAAGUGGUUGAAUUACUUGUGAAAAGUGGUAUUGAUGUUACACUAAAGAAUAAGAAUGGCCAGACCGCAUUAGACAUGGCUCUCCUUCUUGACAACGGGCCGAUUGGCAACAUAUUGUUAUCCAAACAACAAAAUUUCAAGUCUUUCGACCAGAACAUUCUUACACGAAUGCUUCAACAUGCAUUGGCGUCUGAUAACAGGGCGCGGGCCCAACUAUUACUUGAACACGUCACAUCCUUGAAGGUUGCUUUACUAGAAAUCCCUUACCGUAAAGAAGACUCACAAAUGGUGGAGAAUUUAAUCCAGAGAUGCCUGAACCAGGAUUCAUCCACUUGUAAAUGUUUGUUAUUUUAUCCAGUGAAAUAUCGUGACGCAAAGUGGACUAAAAUAUUAAUUGAACGCGGUAUUCCCUUUAAUGCGUCGUUGCUAGACAUCGCCUAUAUUAAUAGAGAUUUCGAAAUGGUGAAUAUUUUAAUCGAGAAGGGCCUGGAACAUAAGAUUGACCAGGGAAGUAGUACACCGAUGAUAUAUUAUUGUGUAAAGCAUUAUGACCAUACUCGAGUUCAAAAGCUGUUGAAACAUAAAAGUUACAUCAAUAUCCUGAAUCGUGUUGAGUCAUUACUGGAUCCAACCGACAGUUGCAAAAACACCGAAACGGUUGCCUUGUUAUUGGAUAUUGACAGGAAUCGAGAUCAGCCCGGAUUUACACCUUACGAAUAUUAUCGCGACUGUAUUGAGUCACAUCAUUGAUCGAACUCGACAAGUUGGUGAAGGAUGAACUUCAUUGGUUGAACUCGGCAGGUUUGGGAAGGAUGAACAUCCUUGAUCGAACUCAGCAAGCUGGGGACGGAUGGACAUCCUUGAUCGAACUCGACACGCGUGGGAAGGGUAAACAUCCUUGGUCGAAGUUUGGAAAAGAUGGACAUCAUUGAACGAACUCGACCAGUUUGGGUAGAAUGCACACCAUUGAAUGAACUCGACAAGUUUGGAAGGAUGCACAUAAUUGCUCAAUCUGGUUAAAACACAGAUCCUAUUUCGUUUCGUUUUUAUAGUUCGAAAUUUCGUUUUACUUGUCUUUACUACACUUGGAUCUGGAAGAGUUGUUAUUUAACUCGUGUUCUGAAUGGUGUCCGAGAUAAACCAACGAAACGGUCUGUUACGACGAGCUUUAGGCGUAUCUUUCACGGCACUGUGGGUAAUCCACUAGUAACAUCAAUGCUGAUUGGUAAAUCAAAUGUCUGACGUCAAAGGGUCAUAAAUCGGUCUUUUGACCCCUGACGUGAACUCCCACUAUAACUUGUCAGAUCUUCAUGUAGUGUUGGCCAUCGAAAGUAUAAAAAACGAAACGAAAUAUAGAUCUGUAUUGUAAUCAGAUUGAUAAUUGCUCGAACUCGACAAGUUUGAGAAGCAUGGACAUACUUGGUCGAACUCGGCAGGUUUGAGAAGCAUGGACAUCCUUGGUCGAACUCGGCAGGUUUGAGAAGCAUGGACAUCCUUGGUCGAACUCGGCAGGUUUGGCAAGGAUGACAUACUUGAUCAAACUCGGCAAGUUUGGGACGGAUGGACAUCCCUGAUCGAACUCGACAAGUUUGGGAAGGAUGCACAUAAUUUGGAAACGACCAAUGUUUUUUUAUUGAAUCUUGUGUACAAAAAUAACUAAUGUAGCAGCGUCUAGUACAUCUUUUUAAGAACCUAUCGAAAAGGGGUUGGGGGGGGGAUUAGAAAUCUAAAGCACAGAUUGGUUUUGACCUUACUAAGCUCAUGUUGGAAACAAUUUCUAGUUUGUUUUGAUGAACCAGAUUUGAAGUGAGAAGGAAUUACCAACUUAUUGGAUACGGGAUAGUAAAAGCGAUUCUUCGGAAAAGUUGAGUAGUGAGAAUCCUGGGUCAAUAUAUAUCCCUGUACAUUAAAGGACAAUAUUGGUGUACGCAUCUAUCGUAGCAAUAAUCUCUGUGUUAAAAUCAUAUUUGGGACGUGUUUAACCAGUUCUAUCACAUAUGGGAUAAUGAUCGACUGACGCCAAUAUUGUCCUUUAAUGUUCAGGGGUUUAUAUUGACCCACGAUUCAUACUACUCAAUAACUCGUCACAGUCAGUUAUAUAUAUAAGGAUAACUCCUGUUUCCUUUUGCGUUCGUCACUUCCGAUACUUGAAACCUACAUUACGCAUCUAUCGUAGCAAUGAACUCCGUGUUAAAAUUAUAUUUGGGACUUAUUUGACCAUAUGUGAUAAUGACUGACACCAAUAUAGUCCUUUAACAUUACCUUCCAGAUCAACAUGUCGAAUUAGAUUAUGAGUUAUUUUGUAGGUUCCCAAGCUCUCGACAUUGUGAACAUACUACAAGAGUUGGAUUCAAAUCCAAUCUCAUUUCUUAUAUAUUUUCAUCAAAUUGUUAUCAGUAUGGCAAUCAUAUUAAUUUGUUUAGUGGAUUAUAAUUUGAAUUUUAUGUUUCUUACUGGCUUUGUAAUAUGGCUUUGUAAUAUGAGAGAGAGAGAGAGAGAGAGAGAGUGAGAGUGGGUGAGAGAGAGAGAGAGAGAGAGAGAGAUAGAGAGAGUCAUUUCUGGACUAAAACAUGGUUCAAUAAUUUUAUUUCAUCUGCGCGUGGGAGUCUUCAGCAUUGGGAGGAAACCUCACGAGGUUGGACAGGUGACCCUACACCUUGCCACGUAAAACCGGGGAAUCGAAACCACGCCAGUUGACUCAAUGACAUACCUUAUGAUACAGCGGGCACGUACUAACCAUUCGGCCAUCCAAUCCCCUACUUUACAUAGAUGGUGCCGUGCCCCUACAUAACACAUCGCAUGAUUAGAUCCCAAUCCGAGUCUGUAUUAGUAGCUAAAAGUGACACGGGUAAAAAAAAAGGGGGGGGGGAACUAGUGAAGGAAUAGGAAAAAUCGCACACUGCUGAAAUACGCACCAAAUGAUUUAUUUUCUGCAACACUAAAUGGUAUUAUUGUUAUUAGUUGUACUUUCUGAGACACGUAUUGUUAUUAUUCCACACGCAUUGUUAUUAUUCCACACGCAUUGUUAUUAUUGUUAUUAUAGUUCAGAACACGUUGUUAUUAUUCAACACGCAUUAUUAUUAUUCAACACGCAUUAUUAUUAUUCAACACGCAUUGUUAUUAUUGUUAGUAGUUGUAACUUCUGUAACACAAAUUGUUAUUAUUAUUAACUCGCUAUAAUGUAUGUAACACAAGCUGAUAUUAUUGUUUAGUAGUUAUAAUUUCUGUAACACAAGCUGUUAUUAUUGUUUAUUAGGUAUAAUUUAUGUAACACAAAUUGUUAUUAUUGUUUAGUAGUUAUAAUUUCUGUAACACAAAUUGUUAUUAUUAGUAGUAGUUGUUGUAAUUGUUACUAUACGAUUUUAUUUUAUUGUUUAAUUUUAGUAUUGGAUGAAAAAUAUUAUUUAUUCGGGCUUCCAUUAUGUGCUUUAAUUACUUAUGGUAAAAUUAGAUACCAAUUAACAUUUAAUAUGGUGCUUCUGUUGUAAUGAAUAGUUUGAACAAUGUAUAUACAUGUGUUUUAUAAUUUUUUUAAAAAUAUAAACUGGUAAUAUUAUGU